CCUGCCUUACGCCUCAUCUAAUCAUCUGCCGGUGUACUGGACUCUUGUUUUUCUUGAAAUACAGCGCUGCUACACGACAGCUAGAGACGACAAACGUCAGCUCAGCUUGCGAUGACAAGUUCUAGAGACGCAUUGUGGGCUAGUGGCCACGACGAAUCGGUAGAGGUGAACCAGCGUGCGCUGAUCGACAAGGUCUUGGCGCGAUACUCUGGAGAGUUCACCGUGUUCCGAGAGCUCCUGCAGAACUCGGACGACGCGAAGGCGCGCUCAGUUGAGAUUCGGUUUGAGACGAAGCAAUAUUUGGAUCGGAAAGAGCGGAAGAACGGUACUGCGGAGGUUGUUGAUGCCGAUACUCACUCCGAGGCGGAGAAGUUACCCGACCUGAAAACCAUAGCGGUCCACAGAUGGUCAUUCAGAAACAAUGGAAUCGUCUUCCGAGAUGAAGACUGGACUCGGUUAAAGAAAAUCGCAGAGGGAAAUCCUGACGAGGAGAAGAUUGGUGCAUUCGGGGUUGGUUUCUACAGCUUGUUUUCGGUGACAGAAGAACCUUGGGUAACCUCAGGAGAUCAAUGGAUGCGAUUCUAUUGGAAGAAUCAAGGAGACCAACUAUUUGUGCGGCGUGGUACGCUCCCUCCGGAUCAACUACCACCAAGCAGCGAAAACGGUCACGGCAACCCAUGGACGACGUUUGAGAUGGACUUGCGAGAACCGCAGCCCAUUCCAAGCCCUUUCGAUUUCACACGCUUCUUAGCGUCGUCCAUCACGUUCAUGAAUACAUUGUCGGACGUUAGCUUCUACUUCGACGACAAGCGGCUUGCCCGGCUUACUAAGUCGCCUGGGGUGCCAAAACAGUUGUCUUUACCGCAAGGUCUCAAGGCUACGAGCGAUGCCAACAUGAUGCACGUACGAGGCAUUCAAUCCACGCCGCUGCACAUAUCGGCCCAGGUGAUGCGCUGGGUGCAUACGGUAGGCACCGAUAAGCCGCCUCCUCCUGCCAAGCAGCGGCAGCAAGCAAAGCCUAGUGCUCAGACCUCAGGCGGAUUUUUCUCGUCCCUCUUCUCCUCCCUGGGUGUAUCGACGCCGCAGCGUUCCAAUACUCCACUGCCGCCCGCCCCGCCACUGCCUAAACCGAAGGAGGUUGACCUGACGGAGAACAUCGACUCCAGCGUCGUUUUAACCAUCUUUUCUGCAGACGUAGAAGUUAAACUUGAUAAGAAAAUGACCGCGGAGCUAGUGCGGAGCACGAAGAAGAAUCCACCCAGUCGCAUGAAGUACGAACUGAUCUAUACUGGCAAGGACGAGUAUGAUGCCAGCAAGAAGGAGGAUGAUGCCCAAACUCAGACCAGUGGGAGCGUGUUCCAGGGCCUCCGCGCGGAUCUCGAGGGCACGGGCGCGGCACGAAUAUUCAUUGGACACGCGACUGGGCAAACGACGGGCAUAGGAGGACACAUGGCUGCGAGGUUCAUACCCACAGUCGAACGCGAAUCCAUCGACUUGGUGGAUAGGAAUGUCGCCGUGUGGAACCGUGAGCUGCUAUACGUUGGAGGAUACCUCGCGAGAUCAGCGUACGAAAUGGAGAUGACAAACAUUCGCGAGCUGUGGGAUGCUGCAGCUAGCUCUAUCCAUGGCGCACCGCCCGACGACGAGCUCCAAGUCUGGCUACGGACACGCGCUCUUCACGCGAUGAGAUUCUUUACAUUCAACAGAUCAACACCUUCUGCCGAAGUUUCCUCGUACCUCGAGCAAGCAUUUUUCAAAUGCAGUUUCCAGGUUGGCAGCGGAGGUCCUUUUCCUCUCAUGUCUACGGUCGGCGUCCGUAACGCCCGUGACGUUCGGCUACCCAAUAACAUAUUUUCUGGCUUCCUCAAGCAACUCCCCGUACUUCCGGAAGGCUGGGCGGAGGAAGGCUUCGUUGCCUCGUUGCAGAUCCAGAAGAUAAUACGGGCAAUCUCGGACGAGGACGUGUUACGUGAGCUAAAUCAGCGCCCUCUCAACGAGGAAGAGAUGAUCGGGUGUUUGAAGUGGUGGAUUGGGGAAGCCAAGCAGAAUCCGAGGAAUCCUACCGUGACUAGAUUCCGAGAACGACUGUUGGAUGUUGCCGUGUUGAGCAUGAAAGUUCCGGGAAAGGAAGAUGAGAAGAUUGUCCCGCUCAAUUCGAUCAAGACCUUCAUCAAUGCGAAGAAACUCGGCGGCUUGCUUCCUAUGGAUGGUCCUUUACCCCCCGACGUUCUGCCCCCGAACUUCGGCAAGUUCUUCAACCCCGACAUGCUCAAUGUUGCUUUCGAUUGGGAUGAGCUCACAAUGCUCGACUGGGUUCGACAUAUCACCUCACCCACUGUCCUGAAAGGUCCCAUAGAGUACGACAUCACUCGUUCCGCACCAUGGUCGGAACGGGUCCUGAACGUUUUAGCUCGUGCCUGGCAGACACUGCCCGAAAUGCAGCGAGCCGGGAUUACGGCUCUGCUCGCGGAUAAGACAUGCAUACCGACAUCUGCUGGCCUCCGCGUUCCAGGUGAUGCUUAUAUGCCCAAUGUGAAUUUGUUCCCCGAUUUACCGGUGGCGAUUAUGCCGUCCGGGGCCCCGAUCAAGAAGGAACUGGAAAGGUUGCUAAUAGACUUGAAAGUUCGCAAGACCGUGGACUUGCAAAUGGUCUUUGAUAGGAUGAUCAAGACAGGUGACUGGACGACGGGGGACCUAACCAAGUACCUGGUGUCUGUGCAGAAUGAUCUGUCCAAUGAAGAGAUGGAGCGGCUCAAACACACCCCUGCGUUCCCCCGAGAGGAUCAACAGGGCUUAGAGCAAAGACCGAAGAAGGCAAAGGCUCGUGAUCUUUAUGAGCCCAUAGAGAUCCACCGAGAACUGGGUUUGCCUGUGCUUGAGUGGGCUGGCAAAGGAAAAUGGCGCCCAUCUUCGGACGAAGCGAAACUUUUGUUUAAACUUGGUCUUCGCCGUUUCCCGCCAUUGAAAGAUGUCAUUGAAUUAGCUGCCAGCCAAAAUGUUGGCAUCCGCACGAAGGCGCUGCGAUACUUCCUGGACAAUCACCGCGAUCGCUACAACAGCUAUGAUCCGGAGGAGUUUGCGCAGGUGUCCUUCGUACCUGCUACGGAUGGAAAAAAUACUCGCCUUGGUACUCCGAAGGAGGUAUUCGUCGGGCUAGAGUGGUCCGCACUGGGUUUCUUGGUGGUAGAACCGAGCCUUCGGAACGACGCUUUGGCGAAACUCAAAAUCAGAGAACAUCCGCCGACCUCUAUGUUGGUUGCACUGCUUCAGAACUCCCCGCCGAAAACCCACGCGGUUGCUCAGCAAUGGUUCACCGUACUUGCUAGUCGUGUAACAGAUUUCACUCCAUCAGAGCUCAAACGAUUGGAGAAGAUGUCUUUCAUCCCCACCAUUAGUAGCGGUACUGGUGGCGCGGUUUCCAUGCGGGCGCCUUGGGAAUGUCAUUUCGCCGGACAAACCCGUGCAGAUUAUCAUUCGCAACUGUUCGUCUUUGUUGACUUUGGUCAGCAUGCAAAUAGCUUUCUGAGCGCAUGUGGUGUGAAACAUGCCCCUUCUAUUGAGGAGAUCGCCCAAAUCAUGUUGAACGACCCUACACACUUUUACAAACUAGCAGGUGGCCGUGACAACUAUAUCAACGAAUUACGGAAUCUCGCGAACAACGUUAACUCAUUGACACCAACAACGUUGACGCGUUUGAAGAGAUCAUCCGUUCUCCUCGGAUCGAGGAGAGUCAAGAGGGAGGCUGGAAAGGAGCAAGGUCAGAAACCUCUCGGCGUCCACGACCUCGAUGAAGACGAUUGGGAGUACGAGCACGAUCUUCUUCGGGCGGAUCAGAUUGUGAUCGUCGAUGACAUCAACGAGCAUCAGCUAUUCGGAGACUCAGUCUUCAUAGCUCCUCAAGAGGAACCGCUGGAGAAAUUCUAUCUGUCCUUGGGCUCGAAGCGGCUUACCUCCGCUGUCCGUGAAGAAUACAAAACGACAGCAGAAGUCAAAGCUGACAAAAUCGCGGCCGAUAUCCGUGCUCUCGUGCUCGAACGGCUCCCGCUGUUUCUCCAUGAGCAUACCCACGCACGACCAAAACGUCCAUACAGCUGGUUUACCGAGCGCGAUCAUUUUGUAGUGCGCAUGUUCGGCAAGAUCGUCGUUGCGAAGACACUUAUGCUUGGGCCUAAUGCACCGUCGAGAACAAUGGAGGCAUCCGCCGUAGGGAAGACCGUUGGGGCCUCCCAGUUCCAGCUAUGGCUCGCAAGUAAUGCUCAGGUGGAUCUUUAUGAGGUUGCUACUUCCUUGAACCGCCUUCUAUUUGAUGCACCAAAGCCCGGUGAUGCACUCCUCUUCAUGACCAUUCUUUCGACGGACUUGAGGUCCCUCAAGCGAAGGGGCUACAACGUGGAUCGUAUUUUACGCCAACAGAAGGCGGAGAAGCUGGCCGUAGAAGAAGCACGUCGAAAAGAAGUAUCCGAGAAAGAACAGCAGCUUGUUUCGGACAGCAACCGUCCAGUUGCAGGGCCGACCAUCCCUACUUCACAUUCCGGGCCUAUGGGUACGUUAGGGGAAGUUGGCAGCAGCGGCCCUCAGGAUCAGAGCCAGGCCGUGCUACCGGUCCAGCCUGACGGCUCGAAACGGAACUCAAGGCCCCAAAGCAUGAUCAAUUCGUUACAGAAAUGGGGGAGAAAGCUCACUCCACGGCCUGAGCAUGAUCACUCUGAAAGCUCUGACAUCGCAGCCCCUGUCGGAGCGUUGAGACCCGACAAAUCUCACGAGAUAGUCAGAGCGCAAUCUCCACGACCUGGCGUAACGCCCCUCAGCAACAUCGCUGCGAACAUCAAUACUGCAAUCCAAGCUUGCCGACAAGAGCAGGGCAGUGUGCUGCAUAAUCGAGAACAGAUGCAGCUCGUCAAGGAAUCGCUAGAGGAGGGAUAUUGCGAUGUCUCAGGACGGGCAGAUGACCUUGUCCAUAUUGGGGAUAUGGGCGGCAUCGGCGUAUAUGCGUCCCGAACCGUACCUGAUUCAGCUUCAUUAAUGCGAACGAAGCGUGAAAUCAUUGCUCGUUUCAUACACGUCAUGAACCCCUUGCGAGAUGUGUACCAACUCCCGCAACGCAGUCUGCAUAUUUUCUACGAUACUGCCGGAGACCUUAUUGCAUUUAACCGCAACGCCAGUCUAUUCUUGAAUUUGCGAUUCUACGAGGCUUGGCACGAUCAAGAUGUACAACAGGGGCGCUUUGCUGCGGCGUAUACCUCAUGGUUUUUCACGCUUGCGCACGAAAUCGCCCAUAAUCUCGUCCAUGCCCACAACUCAGAACAUGAAUUCUACUUCUCUGCCAUUUGCGAACAGUACAUGGGCUCCUUCGCAAAAUUAUUAGCUUCAACCUCGUGAUGUCCCUGUCUAUUCAUUUCCGUCGUCAUAUACAGGAUGUCGUGGCCUGUUCUGUGCAUUUUCAUACUUGCCCGGUUACAUAGUAUAAAUCGA